GCCAGAAUCCCCGUGAGGCAGGCCAGCCAAUAAGGAACGAGGGCUGUGAAAGUUGAAGCAUGCGCAGUUUUCUGUCAAGUUCAUGCGUGCCGGAGCUUGCAGUGGAGGUCACAGUUUGCAAAGCAUCAUAGAGAGGGCUGCUGGAGGCUGCACACCAUCAUGGCAAAGCUGUUUGAGAGCAUCGGGAAGCUGGGGCUGGGGCUGGCUCUGGUGGGAGGGGUGGUGAACUCCGCCCUGUAUAACGUGGAUGCCGGUCACAGAGCGGUGAUAUUCGACCGCUUUCGAGGAGUCCAGGACAUCGUGGUGGGAGAAGGAACGCACUUCCUCAUCCCCUGGGUCCAGAAACCAAUCGUGUUCGACUGCCGGUCUCGCCCACGCAACGUCCCGGUCAUCACAGGGAGUAAAGAUCUACAGAACGUGAACAUCACGCUGAGAAUCCUGUUCAGGCCGAUGGCGGGCCAGCUGCCCCGAAUCUUCACCAGCAUCGGGGAGGACUACGAUGAGAGAGUGCUGCCCUCCAUCACCACGGAGGUCCUCAAGUCUGUCGUGGCUCGCUUUGAUGCGGGGGAGCUGAUCACGCAGAGAGAGCUGGUGUCCCGGCAGGUGAACGAGGACCUCAUGGAGAGAGCCGCCACCUUCGGGCUUAUCCUGGACGACGUCUCCCUGACUCACCUGACCUUCGGGAAGGAGUUCACAGAGGCUGUGGAGAUGAAGCAGGUGGCCCAGCAGGAGGCAGAGCGAGCCCGCUUCGUGGUGGAGAAGGCGGAGCAGCAGAAGCAGGCCACGAUCAUCUCGGCGGAGGGAGACUCCCAGGCGGCCCUGCUCAUCGCGGACUCGCUGGCCACGGCAGGCGACGGGCUGGUGGAGCUUCGUAAGCUGGAGGCGGCCGAGGACAUCGCCUUCCAGCUGUCCCGCUCCCGCAACGUCACCUACCUGCCUGGGGGCCAGAGCACGCUGCUGCAGCUCCCCCAGUGAGGGAGGCCAGGCGCACAGACAGGAGAGCAGCCCGCCAGGGAACCAUCGGAUUCACCAGAGCCAGCCAGGAUAGCACCAGCACACCAUGCCUGUGCUCUUAUGUUUCUUUUUUUUUUUUUUUGUCAACAUAUUUUGUUGUCCACUCCAUACACUGAUGUGGCGGUCUUGUGAUAAUAUACAAUCUUUCUUGACUGCUAUAAUAUAUCCAGCUGAUUUAACAUUAAACUUGCAUAUUAUUUUUUUAAUUCUCCCAGGUGCGCUGUUUUUCUACAGGUUUGACUGUAAUGUAUUUAGUUUCCUGGCAUGUGCAAAGAAUGUAUGAAAUAAUGUCUGUCUUGAGAGCUGGAAAGCAGGUCAGAUUGAUAAUGAAUCUGUAGAUUUAUAAGAGAGCCCUGGACUGACCAGUUGGUGCUGGGUGUGCCCUGCCCUUCCCUGCUGUGUUUCAGGGUUUGAUUUGGAGUCUCGCUGUCCCACGAGGGACCUCGAGUCUCGUCUCACGCAGUGUUGCUGCUAACAUGCAGAACUUUUACUGACCGCAUACUUGGGUUUGCCAUCUUCUUGGGCUUCUAAUAAUGGAGUUGUUUGUACCCCCCUGUUUUUAUAUUCUGUUUAAUUCAUCCAGCCAUAAAAAAAAAAAAAAACCCUACCCAUACUUCUCCUCUCUUUGUACUGUGGAAGUGAAC